GUGUGUAACGUUAGUGACUCGCGCAGGAGCACCUCUCACAGAUGUACAGGCUUGUAGCACCCUUCACACUCCAUAUUUAUAAAAGUUGUGUGACAUGCAGGAGAGUUGUGUUGCUUCUACCGUGUGUGGUACUGCUCGUCCUACUGGCUGUCUCUCUCCACCUCAAUCUUCUGCCUUCGUCUUUCACUCUUCUUGUCACUCGGCAUCAUGACACAACUUGCAGUGACGUCCCACCGUCAGCCCACAACGCACUGGACUUCAGGUCCGCUGACUCUCAGCCUCAGUUCUUAAUCGAGGAGCCAGACUUCUGCCGAAAGCGUCCUAACCUGACCAUUGUGGCGUACGUCCACUCCUCCAUCAGUUCCGUGAUGAAGAGAAUGGAAACCCGAACUACGUGGGCGUCUGUGGGUGUUCAUGACGAGGGUGUGAAGAUGGGCGUUGUGUUUAUGGUGGGUCAAGCCAAAAACAGUUAUGAAAGCAAAAUAAUCAGAGACGAGAGCAGACGAUUCGGCGACAUCGUGCAGGGAAACUACACGGACGCAUACCACCUGCUGAGCCACAAGGCGUUAGCGUCGCUACAGUGGGUGUUGAAACAUUGUCCACACGUCCCCUGGACUCUCCACGCUGAUGACGACAUCCUUAUCGACACUUUCUUCCUCAAUAAAUUUCUCAAACACAACGCCACCACAGACAGUUUCAUCUGUUACAACUGGAAAAGUUCAAAAAUCAGACGGGAUGGUCGAUGGUGCGUGCGGUCUGAGGAAUUUCCCGAUCUCAACUACCCUUCCUACUGUGCUGGAGGGGCGUGGGUUAUUGCUACACAUCUUGGGUCACGUCUUCUCCACGCUGCAAAGACCGCCCGGUUCCUCUGGGUCGACGAUGUUUAUAUUACCGGUGUCUUAGCCCAACCCGCCGGUGUCGGACGCUCUAUGAAACAUAACAAAUACUUCAGAUUAGAGGGCAUCGACGAGGAGGAGUUAGGGGACAAAAUAUUUUGGUUUGAACCCAACAAACCUAGAAUGACGUGGUGGUUGAAACUCCUUACCCAUUACAAGCAUUUCUUCACUGUGUUUCCUUCGUAACUCAGUUCUGUCGGGAAAAUCCAGGUCCUACAAAUCAAUGCAUGCCUUAUUACAGGGAUUUAACAGAUGGAAUUUGUUUUAAAUCACAUAGAAUAAACCAAAAUAUGAAAUAAUGUUGUUCAUGAAACAUGGAUUUAUUAUUGGCCAGAGGAAAUCCCUGAGGAAUAGAAAUCCUGAUUUAGUCAUGCUACACAAGAACAUGGAUCAAUCAUUGCCUGUCUGGAAUGACCCACAAAAUACUAUUACUCCUAAUUAUCCUAAAUACACAAAACCCAAAAGAUGGAACUACUAACCUGCCGAGUGGCAGGCAACAACAAGAAACCGAGAAAAUCACUCAUGACCCGUCAGGCAGGCGGGUGCUCCGCAUUUUUUCAUAACUCUUUCUAGGUUCAGGAGUCAUGAGUGCAUUUCUCCACCAAUAUCCGUAACAUGCUUAACAAAUAUGUUCAGAAUACUCCCGUACUUUAAAGUGCUACAGCAUCAAACAAUUCUUGAAGAGGAUCUCCUACGUCCCACGUGUGCAAUCAAUCGUACGGUCGUUGACCUCACACCUGGACUUGGCUAGUUGAACCACAUUUCUCCACCAACACCCGUAACAUGCUUCACACAUAUAUUCAGAAUACACCCAUACUUUAAAGUGCUACAGCAUCAAACAAUUCUUGAAGAGGAACUCUUACGUCCCACAUGUGCAAUCAACCAUAGGGUCGUUGACCUCACACCAGGCCUUGGCUAACGGAACCACAUACACCCAGUACUGGAGAGAUGAUUGUCUCUACGUAACCACUAGAACUUCAAGUCCCAGAGUGUGACCCUUCAUUCACUCAGUCUGCACUCCCCGACAACAUAAUAGAGAGGAUUACUCAUAAAUGCAAUGCCUGCCUCGCCUCUGGAUACUUCCCUAAGAUGUUCAAAAUCGCCGUUAUCCGCCUCAUACCAAAAGCAGGGAA